AUGACAGCUGUCCUGGUCCCACUGCUUGCGGCGCUGUGGGUCUUUUCCCCAUCCAGCUUUGCGACGACCUCCAACGGCAGCGGCGAGAUCAACGCGCUUCCCAUUCCUGUCAAGUACACCACAGGCAGCAAGGCCGCCUGCCUCGCCGACUCAUUCUCCAUCCAGUUUGACUCGGACGUGCCCGCCGACCUGAGUGCCGCGUCGGACCGCGUCCUCGAGAGGAUCAAGAAGAGCCAGCACACGUACCUCACCACUACCAGCGGAACCGAGUUCUUCCCCAGUCUCAAGUGCGAGAGCGAGGUCACCGAGCUGCGCCUCUCGCUCUCGUCCGACCACAGCCUGUCCAUCUUCGACCUUGCCAUCAAGCCCGUCGAGGAGCGCAAGGGGCUGGAGGACUACACCCUUACCAUCCCCACGAGCGGUGCCGCGACUGCCACGGCAUCCACCGCCCUGGGCCUCUUCCGUGCUAUCACGACGUUUGAGAACCUCGUCUUCAAGAUUGACUUUUCGCUUCCAAGCUCCCCCGGCGUCGCUGAGGGUGGCGACACGGCGUACCUUCCCUUUACGCCGUAUCACAUCGACGACGCGCCGGCUUUCCACUGGCGCUCAAUCUUGCUCGACACCAGUCGCCACUUCUUCGCCAAACAGAGUCUGUUCAAGCUCCUGGACACGAUGAGUGCCGUCAAGCUCAACGUCUUCCACUGGCACAUUACCGACUCGCAGUCGUGGCCGCUGGCGCUAAACGAGCUGCCCGAGCUGGCUGCCAAGGGCGCCUACACGCCGCGCAAGACGUAUAGCGAGCAGGACGUGGCCGAGAUCAUCCAGUUUGCGGGGGAACGCGGCAUCGACGUGGUCAUGGAGAUUGACACGCCCGGACACACGACCGUCAUUGGCAACUCGCACCCGGACAUGAUUGCGUGUAACACGCAUAAACCAUGGACGGGGUGGGCCAACGAGCCGCCCGCCGGCCAGCUGCGUUUCGCCGACCCGGCCGUGACGGCGUUCACGUCGCGUAUCUUCUCUGCGGCGAUCAAGCUCACCAAGAGCGCAUACUUUGGCACUGGCGGCGACGAGUUGAAUGAGCAGUGCAUGGACGCCGACCAGCCGACACAGCGUGUCCUCAAGGCCAACGGGUGGACACUCAACGACGCCCUCAAGAACUUUACCGCCGAGACGCACGGUACGCUCCUCUCGGCCAAGCGCACGCCCAUGGUCUGGCAGGAGAUGGUGCUCGCCCACGGUGACCUGGAACUGGACAAGAACACGAUCGUGGACGUGUGGAUCUCGUCUGCGGACGUCGGGGCCGUCCUCGACAAGGGAUUCAGGCUGGUCCACGCAUCGUCAGACUACUUCUACCUCGACUGCGGCCAAGGCGGGUGGAUCACCGAGAACGUCGGCUCCAACUCGUGGUGCGACCCCUUCAAGGCCUGGACGCGCAUGUACUCGUUCAACCCGUACACCAACGUCACGGCCGUGCAGCGCCCACUCGUUCUCGGCGGCCAGGCGUCGCUGUGGUGCGAGCAGACGGACGAGACCAACUUUGAGACGGUCAUGUGGCCGCGCGCGGCGGCCGUCGCCGAGCUGUGGUGGUCGGGCGGCAACGCCGACGGCACGUUUCCCCGUUCGGCGGUAGACGCCCUCCCGCGCAUGCACGACAUGCGGUACCGCCUUGUCGAGAAGGGCGUGCGUGCCGAGCCCCUCCAGCCAGAGUGGUGUGCCGUUCACCCCGGUCGCUGUGUACUUGGCGGGUAA